CUUACCGCAUUCCUGCCCCUCCCAGGAAGCCACCCGGGAGUAAGAGGCCCCAUGCGGGGUCAGGGCUGGAGCCGGAGCAAACCCUGCGAGGGAGCAGGUGACGCGGAGCAGGUGCUUCCCGGAUCCCAGCGCUGCCCCCCACACGAUGGCGUCUCCCCGGAUCCUCAGCACCGUCCUGGCCCUGCUCAGCCUCCUGCUGCUGCUGGUGGCCCUGGGCUCCGACCACUGGCUGGUGGCCACCAGCCGCCUCGGGUCCCUCCAUGAGGGGCUGUGGAAGAGCUGCCAGAAUUCGGUGUGUGAACAAAUUUCUUCAGCAUCAGUCUCUUUAAAGGUAACCAGGGCUUUCACACUGCUGGGCGUGAUCGCUGGGUUUCUCUCCUCCUUCGCUCUCCUCGCCUCGUUCCUGCGCUCCCACCUCGGCUCCUUACCUCUGACCCUGCUCUCCUUUCUGGGCAGCUUCAGCGCAGGGCUCUGCACCAUGAUCGCGCUGGCCAUGUACACAGGGGAGUUCGCUGGGGCCGUGAAUGCCGCCCACAGCCAAGUCACCUUCGGCUGGUCCUUCGGCCUCGGCUGGGCCUCCUUCCCCCUCUUCCUCAUCACUGGGGACCAGCGAGGGAACUUGGGACCCCGGCCAAUGGCUGGAGAAUGGAGACCCCAGCGACUGGUGACCUGGUGACCGGGAGGCCCAGCUCGAGAGUCGCAGCCGGUUCUGGCCGGUGGAAGGACAAUGGGCUGCGGGGAGAGGACCCCGGUGACCUGACUGACCAGUUCCAGCCAGAGGGGCCAGAGGACAGAAGAGGGGAGAGGAGGCCCAUGCGACCCUGUUUACCUGGAGAGAAGACAAAGGACAGAGAGGGGGCUUGAGGCCAGUGAUAUCAAAUGCCGAACUGGGAAGCAGGGGGGCUCUGGGCUGGAGAGGAGGAGAAGACAGAGCCCACCUGGAUGCAGGGGAGAGUGGGAUGUGCUGAGCUGAG